CACCACUGGGAGGGGACUUGGCCAACGCCCUUCGCAGGGCGCGGCUUCCUCAACAUAUAUACCCGCAGAAAACUUGUACCACGCCCCUUGAAUCUCACUCAGCGAAAACCAUUCUCAAUCGGUCCAUUCUCAGAACCUCCCUCCAACAUGUCUUUAAUCAGCUCGUUCCUACAGCAGGUCAUCUACUUGGGGGGGACUGAUGACUCAGCCGCUUCUCAGGGGACCGUGAAAUCCGACCCAAAGUUCAGCCCCAGCGGCGAUGUGGGUGUUCUGGAUAAAGCCAUCAAGGCUAAAGGGGUGGACGAGAACACCAUCAUCGACGUUCUGGUGAAGAGGAGCAACGCCCAGCGGCAGCAGAUCAAAGCUGCCUAUCAGCAGGCCAGCGGAAAGCCUCUGGAUGUGGCUUUGAAGGCGGCCCUGAAGGGGGAGCUGGAAGUCGUGGUUCUGGCCCUGCUGAAGACCCCCGCUCAGUACGACGCUGAGCAGCUCAAACUGGCCAUGAAGGGUCUGGGGACAGAUGAGGAUACCCUGAUUGAGAUUCUGGCCUCCCGGACCAACAAGGAGAUCCGAGAGCUAAAGAAAGCCUACAAGGAAGAAUACAAGAAAGAGCUGGAAGACGACAUCAAAUCCGACGCUGGUGGAGACUUCAGGAAUGGUCUGCUCGCCUUGUGCAAGGCCAACAGGAGUGAGGACAACAUGGUGAACGAGCAGCGUGCUGACGAAGAUGCGAGGGCUCUGUACGAGGCCGGAGAGAAGAGGAAGGGAACCGACCUGUCCGUCUUCAUCGACAUCCUCACCACCAGGAGCGCCCCGCAGCUCCGCAAAACGUUCGAGAGGUACUCAAAGUACAGCAAAGUGGACGUCGGAAAAGCCAUCGAUCUGGAGCUGAAGGGGGACAUUGAGACCUUGCUCACUGCUGUCGUGAUGUGUGCUGGGAAUAAGCCAGCAUUCUUUGCCGAAAAACUCAACCUGUCAAUGAAGGGGUCUGGCACCAGGACUAAAAUUCUGACCCGGAUCAUGGUGAGUCGCUCUGAGGUGGACCUGGAGAGGAUAAAGGAGGAGUACAAGAAGAAAUACGGAAAGACUCUAUACCAGGACAUUCUGGAUGACACCAAGGGGGAUUACGAGAAGAUCCUGCUGGCUAUCUGUGGAGAAUGAGAACUGAUCCUCCUUACUCCGGGAAGAGGAAAAACAAAAAUAGCAUUUACUUAUUCUGCUUUUCAUACCCAGGACAUGUGCAUGGCAAGCAUCAGUGGAGUCUGGAUGACCAGUUAUGUGCAAAUAAAGGUCUUUAUAUUGAUAGCAUA